UCUUUGUGUUAUCUUCUUUGUUAUCGCUAUACAUCCAAAAGCUCCGGAAUCCGAAAAUUCUGGACUCCCCAAAAAUUUCUGCUUAAUUUAGUUUAUAGUUUGUAGUAGAAAAGGAGAGCGAAAAAGAAGGAAAAGAUAGAUAAAGGAAAAAAUGGGAGCGGAGAAGAUCUGGGACGCUAAGGAAGUUGCAGAGGAAGUUCGAGAAAAUGGUAUUUCAGACAUUCCAUCUUCAUCUCUUACUGUGGACAUCAGCCUCCCUCUUCCUCAACUGAAACCACAUAUCAUAGGGUUGUGCAAGGAUCUAUUCAAGAAUUGGUUGCAAUUGGAUGAAUCUUGUUUCUUGGUUGAGACAGUUUCUGGUGGCAUAACAAAUCUUCUUCUAAAGGUAUCUGUGAGAGAAGACAAUGCACAUGAAGUUUCCAUUACUGUUCGACUGUAUGGACCAAACACUGAAUAUGUGAUUGAUCGACAACGGGAAUUACAGGCCAUUAAAUAUCUCUCAGCUGCGGGAUUUGGAGCCAGGUUGCUUGGAGUAUUUGAAAAUGGCAUGGUGCAAUCUUUCAUCGAUGCCCGCACUCUUUCUCCCCCAGACAUGAGAAAGCCAAAGCUGGCUGCUGAAAUUGCAAGGCAACUUCGUAAAUUCCAUCAAGUUCAAAUUCCUGGUUCUCAAGAACCCCAACUGUGGAUUGACAUCUUCAAGUUCCUAGAGAAAGCCUCUGUUCUUAAGUUUGAGGAUAGCGAGAAGCAGAGAAUGUAUGACACCAUUUCAUUUGAAGAAGUUGGCAAUGCAGUGGUUGAACUCAAGGAUCUGACAGACCUUUUCAAUGCACCCGUGGUAUUUGCUCACAAUGACUUGUUGUCUGGAAACUUGAUGCUGAACGAAGAUGAAGUUGCAGAGAAACUUUACUUCAUUGAUUUUGAGUACGGGUCAUACAGCUAUAGAGGCUAUGACAUUGGAAAUCACUUCAAUGAAUAUGCAGGCUUUGAUUGUGACUACAGCUUAUACCCUGAUAAGGAUGCUCAGGAUCUCUUUUUUAGGCAUUAUUUGCAACCUGACAAACCUCAGGAGGUGUCUGAUGAAGAUCUCAAAGCACUGUUCAUUGAGACAGAUUCCUACAUGUUAGCAUCACACUUAUAUUGGGCUCUAUGGGCACUGAUCCAGGCAAAGAUGUCUCCAAUCGAUUUCAACUAUUUAGGUUAUUUCUUCCUGCGCUACAAUGAAUACAAAAGGCGGAAGGAGGGAUGUUUCUCAUUGGCACGAUCAUACCUUGCACAAUCUGGGUCUGGGUGAAUUCUCCAUGUCUUUGCUGACAAGAGAGACAAGAGUGUGUAACCUAUUCCUGUUGUGAAGUUGUAGGAGAAGAUCCUUUAGAUUCUUAAGAUAGAUUGUUUGUAGGAUAUUCUUUGUAGCUGAUUGCCAGAAGAAAACCGAAUUUCAUUUGGUUUACGUCUCCUUGUUCUUUUUUCUGUAAUCCUGAAACAUGAAUGUUGAAAUACAAUAAAGUAGUCAAAAUCUA